CCAUUCAUCACUUGUACUUUUUGUUUAGAAAUGGGUGCGAAAUGCAGAGGAGCAUUUUUUCUUUUAGUUGUAGCUGCAGCAGCAUCGACAUUCGGCGUUGCUUCAGCAAACAAGGAGUGGAGCACCGUGGCCGGAAACUGGAACCACACGGGGGCCGAUUUCUGGUGGCAGAGGCACCCAAAUGGAACUCAGGCGGCGUCCAAGAGAGUGAUCGUUGGUGGAGACCAAAACUGGCGUUUCGGGUUCAACUACACUAACUGGGUCAUCAACAACACCCCCUUCUUCUUAAACGACACCUUAGUGUUCAAGUACGAUCCACCAAACGACACGACAUUCCCUCACAGUGUUUACCUGUUGCCUGAUUUCUGGAGCUUCCAAAACUGUGACCUGAGAAGGGCGAGGAAGAUCGGAGAUGUGAACGCAGGCGGUGGGGAUGGCUUCGAGUUCGUGCUCAAGAGGUGGCAGCCUUACUAUUUUGCCUGCGGCCAACAUGACGGCAUCCACUGCAAAGAUGGCCUCAUGAAAUUCGCUGUUUGGCCCUUGAUCCGUUGGUUCUACUGAUUAUCAACAACAACAUAUUAAUACGGAGAAUAAGAUUGAUUUUUGUUUCUGCAGUGCGUACGUGUGAUUUUGUUAUUCCACUACUUUCAUUUCUUUUUCUUUUUCAUACUCCUUUUGUUACUCAUCUUGCUACAUCUACAUUCAUGAAGCAAUAUCUGUAACAGUUGAUUUUGUAUUCAUCACGUCAAUCAAGUUAUUUUACUAAA